AUGCUUCUCAAAGGGCUGCGAUUGGGUGCUCAUGUGGCCAUCCGCUACCGCGAGAAGAGGGGCUUCGGCGUUCUGGAGGAGCGGCUCGACUACGAAGGCACCAUCGCCGACAAGCGAGUGGGCUGGGACAAUCGGGAGUCCUAUGUGGAGCUCAAGGAGUGCAUCAGGCUGAACAGAGAUGGCGAGAUCAUAGAGAUUGUUGGGAGAAAGCAGCUCUACGAUGCGUUCAUCGAGGAAGUCGAGGUAGUCGAAAAGGCGGAGCGCCGCAUCUCCGCAGAGCUCCAGGCCGCGCGGAAG